AUGACAGGAGAAGGUUCAGUCCGUCCUGAUAAAGGAAAAGGGGUAGCAAGGCCUAAAAAGAGGCAACGACAGGCCCCAAAGUAUGUACUUAGGGUGCCUACUACACUACCUACCCCUGUAGUACACCCGCCUCCUUCCUCUACAGUACAUCAUCCUCCUACCUCUAUAGUACACCCGCCUCCUACCCCUACAGUACAUCCUCCUACCUCUAUAGUACACCCUCCUCCUACCCCUACAGCAGAGCUUCUUCCUCCCCCUAUGAUUAUUACCCCUAGUCCUUCCCCCGACCCUACUUUUAUACCUUCCUCAUCUUCUAGACCACCUUCUGAGACUGCCACACCAUCUGCUGAUCUAGAUUCAGCUGGUGAUGAUGAUGGUGUUGAUUCGCCCCUCCAUGAUCGACCAUGGAUUGAUCCAUAUAGCAAAGGGUUUCUUCCAUCUAGGGUUACUUCCUAG